AUGAUGUUCGCGAAAUUGGAUGCACUAGUGAACGUCGUGGUGAAGCCCGCCUACGUGGCCGUGGUGCCGUUCUCACAGACGGUGACGACACACACGGACUUGAUGGUGGCGGCGGCGCUCGCAGACUUGCCAACGACGACGAGCGCGGACUUGGCCGUGACGACGCACGCAGACUUGGAGACGGGGGGAUCGGACUUGGUGGUGCCGCUGCCGCAGUCGGUGUCGGCGGCGCACGCAGCCUUGGUGGCCCUCGCGGAGUCGAUAGCGAAGAUGGGCACGAGCUUGGUGAUGCAGCUGGACCUGGUGGUGCAACACAUACAGUUGGUAGCCGCAGCACUCGCCAACUUGUCAGCGACGACGCGCGAGGACAUGGAGGUAGUGACGAUCACAGACUUGGUGAGGGCAGCCGCGGACUUGGUGGUGCGGCUGGCACAGUCAGUGACGGCGACGCUCAUGAACCCGGCAGUGUUCACGGAAUCACCGGUGACUCGCAUGUAG